UGGGAUUGGGACAUUGAUUUAGGAAGAAUACGAAGAAUCGAGUUUUAUCACGGUUAGAGCAUGUAACCGAGGACGUGCCACUAGUUAAGUGGACUUGGAGGAAGUCCGGAGAUAGUUGAUACGAUGAGGAGAAGACAGCAGUCGCUGCUACAAAGUGGAUUGCGAACAGGAGAUUUCCACUUAAAAUGGCGACGGGCAUGGCGGAGGAUCUCCGGAAAGCGUGGUGUCCUAAUUCUAAUACUCAUGUUAUUGGUUAUAGCUCUUGCUCCUCCCUUGUUCUUUCACUUCCGUCUUACACGCCUACAGAAGACGCAAAUGAAGAAUUGUGGUUGGAUGAGAAAUCCACCUCUAGUUUGUGCUCAUGGAGGUGAUUCCGUCAAUGCUUUUCCUAACACGAUGGCUGCCUAUCGCAGUGCGCUUCUUGCUGGAGCAGAUUGUAUUGAAAUUGAUGUAUCUCGUUCAGCUGAUGGAUUUCUUUUUGCACUCCAUGAUAGGGAGUUGCAGCGGAUUUCUGGGAAUCAUACAUCAAGAGUUGGCUACAUGAGUAUGAAAGAAAUAAAUGAACUGGAUGCAGCACUUCAUUUUCCAAAAGUUCUUGAUGAUCAGAAAGUUCCUACUCUUGAAGAUGCUUUGAGGCUGGUGUCACAUUCAGUAAGGCAAGUCAUCCUGGAUGCAAAAGUUGGGCCUCCAUCAUAUGAAAAAGGUCUUGCUGAGAAUAUUUUAGCUACUGUGAAUAAAACACAUUGUACAAAUUGCAUUAUAUGGGCAAAAAGCGACACUCUAGUGAGGGAAAUUAUUAGAAUCUCGCCAAACACCAUGGUUGGCUAUAUCAUCAUGAAAGAUCCACAAACUCGGUCUAGAUCCAAUCUGCUGAGGUUGAAGAAGGCGGGGAUUGCAGGGAUCUACCAUCCACUAAUCAAUGAACAGCUUAUCCAAAUUCUUCGCUGGGGAAACAAAAAGAUUUAUGCAUGGACAGUGGAUGACUUAAACUCGAUGCAGCAUAUGUUAGUUGAUAGUGUAGAUGCUGUGGUAACCAGCAAUCCAGCUCUUCUUCAACAACUGAUGCAAAACACAAGAAUUCGGUGUCUCGAGGAUGGGUUUUCAUUGCCCUAAUGAUGAUCAGUCGAACUAAUUUUCUCCAAGCAGAUGAACAUGAGCUGAUAACACUUGUCUCAUCGCCCAUGGGGUUGAAUUCACCGACACUUGAAGAUUCCACCAGCAUCAUGUUUAGUUGUAUACGUAUUCAUCACCGACUUAUAUUUGAAUCAAUUCUGGAAUAGUAGAAUGGCAUUUAGAGAUCGUACGAGAAGUGAAGACAAAAGAAGCAAAUACUAGGUAUUCAGAUUGCAUGUCCACAGUGCGAAGGUGUUGCUUAUUCCGUCACAUUAGUUAUUAAGCUGAAACCGUAUCAGCUAAGGAUCCAUUUUAAUUGUCAUUGAAACAAUCAAGUGUCAUAUUUGCUUUGAUAUGUAAACCCCUUAUAUAAUAUACUGCAAAGAACAUAGCUCUCAAUAACGGCCUCUUUUACAUGGAAAAAAAUCAACUAGAACACUCCGUGUUGGUUGAUUAAGAAUCUUAAGAUUGUUAAUAAUAAACUUAAAGUGAUCACUUACAGUAUUAAAGAGAUUACUAACAUCCUUAUAU